AUGGACAUUCUCUCCCCCACCUUCCGCUUCCCUGGCCCUUCCCCUGCAAAUUCCCAAGUUGUCAGGACAUGGCUCGCCCUCCUGCACGUCUGGCGUACCGUCGACCGCCCCACGACCUGGAACGGUCAAGUUUUUCACGCGAUCCCCUCUUAUUCUUCGCCUUCAUCCCGGGCGCCCCAGAUUCACUUUGAUGCUCACAGCCGAAUCCGAACGACUGGCACCAGUACCAACAAUACAACAGCAACAACCACAAUUCACAACUAUACCAUCACCCAACUUCUCUGCUCCUCCCGUUUCUGGUCUCUCUUUCUCCGUCCCUUACUUCUCGCUCUCUUCCUCUCCCCCCUCAUUUUCUUCGCGUCCAUAGCCAACCGUCUCUCUGGCAUCAACGCCACACCGUCUCAUACCCCUCCGUUUUUACCUCCCUGGCUCCCCUUUCUGGCAAUCCCAUACAUAAUCCUCAUCUUUCUCUCCUGCUGUAGCGGGCUAGCCUUUGUCCAUGUCUUGAUCCUUAGGUGGGGCAAGCCAGUGAUUUGGUCCUUCAACCGCCUGUCUGAAAAGGAGUUGAACGAAAAAGAGGAGGAAUAUGAGGCCAGGAACGCCCUCGUAGCAGUGGUAAGAGCUCUGAGGGAACGGAAUGCGACGGUGGUGAGGGACAAGAGUUUUGCCAUGAUGUGUAUUUUGGAACGGCUGGAAAUUCUGCUGAAGCCAGCGGAUUCCCAGAAGAGCCUGGGAGAGGUGUAUCAUGAGGUGUUUGCUGGAUUGUUGAGGAGGGAGUCGGCGCUAAUUGCGUUGUUGGUGGAUGUUGACGGAAUCAAGGAGACGAGAAGGGCAGCAGAAGAAAGCGAGAAUUUUUUGGAGGGAGCACCGAGCUGGGUACCCAGCUGGAGUCAACUGCCCAAAAGACACUGGAUCAACUACGACGAAUCAAUCUAUAAGCGGAUACAACUUGGAACUUCUCCCUCAUCACCCGCUACUACCUCUGUGUCGGCUCAUGGUGCUCAAUCCCAGGACUGGCGGUUAUGUUGGAUUGACCACGGACAAAACGACAGGGCUCUCAUAGUCCAAGCUGUCAUCCUCUGUCGAAUCACAUACGUCUCUUCCCAGAUCGGCAGCAGCGAGUUCCGCUUCCGCUCUACCCAGGAAACCAUUUCCAUUCAACAUCUUCGCAGCUCCCUCACCACCAUCGACGCCUGGCUAUACGCCAUCACGCUCUUCGCGCCAUCGACUCCGCCUCACCAGUUCAAUCCCACUGCCAUUCACAUGACUCUCUACCCCUUUAACCAACAGGCACCCAUGACCAAACCUAACACUCACAAUGGCCACCAAGAAGGAUGCGGCAGAGUCGCCUCCCACUUCCGACGCUGGAACUAUAUUCUUAACGGUCCCCAAUCGGCGUACAUGUACAGCCCUGAGCAGCGUCAACAACUCAUCGACAAAGUUUUGCAAGACCCGGAAUUGAGGACAUUUGCUCACAAUGUCUGUGAACGGCUUGGUGGUGACACGAGGUUGUAUAUAUCACAAGACGAUGGGUUUGUAGGCGAAGGGUCCAAGAGGAUGGAACGGGGCGAUGUGGUUGCUUUGAUCAGAGGUGUUGGACAGCCGAUGAUUUUGAGACAGACUACUUCCCAGAAAAGUGGCAGUGGCAGCUUUACGGUGGUCGGACCGGCGUUUGCAUGCCGGUUGGCGGAUUUGAAUACGUUCAGGUCGACCCCGGGCCCGGGUCCGGAGGGUGGCUCGGGGCCGGGGGCGUAUGACCCGGAGAGAGAUGGGAAGGUGUGGAGAGUUCUGAGUCUAGUUUGA